GAUGCGGCGAAACAGUGCCAAUGCUUUGGCCACGGCAGUGAGAGUUUGGCCAGAAGACCUUUGGCCAAAGAUCCUCCCGCGCUUGGAGAAGACCUUGCCGGAGGUGCUGAUGCAGCCAGAGCACUCUGAGACCUUUACGGACUACACGCCUAGCGGUCCAUUCUCGGUUCCCAAGUCGAAGACGCUGAGUUUGGAGGAACGAGGGAAGGCCGACCCGGAGUUCAUCGAUCAAGUGAUGUACAGCUGCGGGUCCUCGGCCCCGAAGACCUUCAAAGAACGGAGGCGCGAAGCGAGGGCGAAGGACACCGGUUGCAUGAACUGCGCGGCAACGGCACCUACGCAACUCUGGGAGGCAUCCGAGGGCAUGGUGCACCUCCUCACCGACCUCGCUAGCUUUGCAAGCUCCACGGGCUCUGAGAAGAAGCUGGAGCAAUUGUCAGCUUUUCUCCCGAGUCUUUCCAAGGCCUUUGCCUGCUCCCAGUACCGCCAUCAUCAUCUGCUGAAGCAGCGGGUUUGCGAGCGGCUGCCGGAGAUCACCAAGGCCUUCGGGCCUGGGCUGAUGCCCCACCUGCCGGAGCUCCUGAAGACCCUGGCCACCUGCGCCGGCCAGGGAGCCCAUCGGGCCUUGAAGCAGGAGGCCACUCAGGUGCUCAAACACUGGAAGCAAACGUUCCGGGAAGAAGAGCUCCUUCGAGCCUGCCAAGAUGCCUCACUGGAUGCCAAGGUUCUUCAGCUUCUGGGCUGA